UUUCCCCGCCGGUUUCGGAGUCCGGUGGGGGGGUUUCGGUUAGGCCUAGGCGGCCGCGCGUCAUGCCCGACGUCGGCGGCGAGGCACCACCAUGCGCCGGGCCGUCGUCGCGCCGCUAGCGCUGACGCCGAGCGCCGCGCGGGCGCCGCGCUGCCUCCAUGAAGCGGCAAAACGUGCGCACGCUCUCGCUGAUCGUGUGCACCUUCACGUACCUGCUCGUCGGCGCGGCCAUCUUCGACGCGCUCGAGUCGGACCACGAGGGCCGGCAGCACGGGGCGCUGAUGUACAUCGAGGACAUGCUGGUGCGCAAGUACAACAUGAGUGCCGACGACCGCAAGAUCUGGCAGACGGUGGUCAUCAAGAUGGUGCCCCACCGCGCCGGCACGCAGUGGAAGUUCACCGGCGCCUUCUACUUCGCCACCACGGUGCUCACGACCAUCGGGUACGGCCACUCCACCCCAGCCACGUGGGGCGGCAAGACCUUCUGCAUGUUCUACGCCCUGGUGGGCAUCCCGCUGGGCCUGGUCAUGUUCCAGAGCAUCGGUGAGCGGCUCAACACGUUCGUCGGCUACCUGCUCAAGCACGGCAAGCGGUGCCUGCGCAUGCGCAACACGGACGUCUCGGAGACCAACCUCGUGUGCUUGGUGUCGGUGCUGAGCACCGUGGUGAUGACCACGGGCGCCGCCGCCUUCUCGGCGUACGAGGGGUGGGACUACUUCGACUCCUUCUACUACUGCUUCAUCACGCUCACCACCAUCGGGUUCGGCGACUACGUGGCGCUCCAGAAAGAGGGCGCGCUCAAGCAGAAGCCCGAGUACGUGGCCUUCAGCCUGGUGUUCAUCCUGUUCGGCCUGUCGGUGGUGUCGGCCGCCAUGAACUUGCUCGUGCUGCGCUUCCUCACCAUGAACACCGAGGACGAGCGGCGAGACGAGGCCGAGGCGCAGUGUGCGGCCCAGGAGGCCGUGCGGCUCGAGGGUGACGUCAUCACGGCUGACGGCAGCGUCGUGUCCGGCCACGGCGGCGGGGACCACUCGGACACGGACGACGUGACGUCGGUGUGCUCGUGCACGUGCUACGCGCACGGCUCCUCCAGGCCGCCGCAGGCGCAGCAACCAAGGUACUCGCUGCGCUAUUCCCCGUCACCGGUCGAAUCAUCUCUGGUCCACGACGACGUGUUGCUACCCAUGGACGCGCUCAUGAUGAAACGGGCCUCAGUCUGAGAAGCGGUCUGGCGCUCCGCACCCUCGCACCUCGGUGUGGAAAGGGUGUGGCGAGGCUGGGAACUUGGUCACUACCUCGCCACUGCGAUCGCCUCCCCCACACGUUCCUUUCUUUUUCUCUUUUCAUUCCUCUAUCUCUCAGUUAUUCUUCUUCCAAGUAUUGUCUCUUUCCAUCUUCUUCCUCUUCGGAAUCGCUCCCAUUCGUCCGAACGCGCCGCUCUGUCGUCGUCGUAUCACGUGGUCCGAAAGGGUGUCGGGGCUCGGCGCCUGAUAAAUCGUCCGGCCACUCGCGUCCCCCCCCCCUCGCCGUUGGCCCCGCCGAUCUAUCUGUCUCUCUCGGGCAGAAAGAAAUUCGCCCACCGUCUGAAGAUCCUUUGUUGCCGCGAUAUUCCCGCUCACCUCGUCGAGACAGGCGAUAAUACAAAAAGCGGAGAAUGGUACCGCGGGAAUAAUAUAUAUACCAGGUGAUUUAUCCUUUCUUGGAUGGAACGAUUCAUUAGGAUACUCCUGCGGUAGAUAUAACAAUUUCCGAAUUACGUGGAAUACUUGAAACGUCAGCACUACUUAGACGACCAAUCCCAGCGUGAUGUUAGCUAAUUUACGAAACAUUAUUUAACUUUUAAUUUCUCACAUUAGAACGCGCGUCUAAGGGCUUUUAAUGGUUACUUCGCGAAAUGCACGUGCGUAAAAGACAUCCAACCUAUCGCACGGCUAACCAACAAGACAUACCCAUCAAAUUUUCGAGCAGGUUCCAAUAGUUUGUCCCACAGUCCGAGCGAUCCGUCUUUUCCGACGCGUCGUUCGAAUGAUCCGACGCUAACCUUUCGCGUACUACACACGUGUGCUUACCACUUCAGUCGUUUCGGUGUGUAGGAACGGCGCGCUUGCCUCCUUUUAGACGUUUUUGCUGCUGGCUGCGCAGCGCACUUCGGACGCGUGGGAGCGUUCUAUCGCCAGUACAAAGGAACAAUGCUCGGUAUUUUACAAAGUGCUAUAGUCGCGCGGGGGACGUCUCAUCAUCAGGGUAUUAUUGUGUUCUCUGUGCUCAAAGAAGCGAACAUCGUGUGUGCUCUUGGAACUUCGUCGUCUGCUGCCGUCUCGCCAGACGAACAGUUGAUGGACGCACCGAGCUGACCAUUUGCUUCGUUGAAUCCAAACGGUGCGUGUUUCGUUAUUUUUUUCUUCCCCACAUGGCUGCACGGUGGCUGCAAGAAGAAGACCUGGGAAACCAUCUCGUCCUCGAGAUGUGUGGAGUGUGUGUGUGUCUGCGUGUGUAUGUGCGUGUGUGCGCGUCUUUCGAGGAUGCACAUGUGUCACAAGCUGAAGACUGCGGUCGCUGCGAACAAACAUACCGUCUCUUCUUUAGAAGCGUAGUCCACGGCCGCAAUUGCGGGUGUGAGGAUGAGGCCUUGCGCCGAAGCUGCAUUUGUUGGCAUUAGUAUGGUCUCGCUGCCUUUUACUCGUAAACGCGUUUUCAGACUGAAAUAUUCGUCAACUUGCUAAGCGCAAAGCGAACAGCAGUGACACCGCUUGACUAAGGUAGACCGCGGCGUGCCAGAUCAAAUGCCACGGCACAGCCACGCCACCUAUAUAGUCUGUGAAGGCAAGCCUUAACGCUGCUCGGAGAUUUCUGCGCUUAUGACAAGCUUUAUAAACGCGCCUCUACUCGCUGGCUGAAAAUGCCUAAUUGCGGAAUUGUAUCUCAGCGGUGGCUAGAAUGCAUUACUGCAGAGCCUCCGAGAUCGUUACAGAGCCGGUGCGAUCUCAGAGGCUACGGUUGCUGAAAAGUAGGGCGUGAUGCGGUCGAGGGUGGCACUGGCUUUAGCUCGGCUGGAUCGAGGAAGAGAUUGGAGCCGAGAAGCUUUUGUGGGAAUAUGGCAGUGAGACUUCUGUAGACAUUUCACUGUCCUGACUAGCCAAGGCUGCCCAAGACUGCCCGGGAGUGCCCGAGAUUCUGCGUACGUCAACGCCGAUUGGUUGAAAUCAGCACCUCGGGCACUCCAGAGCAGUCCGGAACGGCUAAUCUAGGAAACGCAUUGUGACGUCAUGUCAGUGUCAUGCACUGAGUAGAACAACGUUAGGCCUCACACUCACUCCGGCAACGGCUCAAGUGGCCUACAUAUUCUUUUUUUUUUCUUUCUUUCUUAACAGACGGUAUACAUGUUCUGCCCGAGGGAGUGUCGUACUUCUGUUGUUGGGCUUUCAAACAGAUUAACUUAAGUAUAGCUGUAGAAGGCGUGUUGUACGGCAGGACUUAGAGGUGGAUCCGCAGUGAUCCCGUGACUCUUUAGAUUUAUUUUUUACUUACUCCUUUCUUUCCCUGAACGAACUCAUGUUGUGCUUAGAGGUUAUUAGACCUAGUAAGUAAAGUGGCGAACAAAAAGCUGUGCGAACACCAUAUCCUCUCUCUUCUGAUGACUAAGAAGCCAAUGUGUACCGAAGCUUGUACAGCGUUGCAGUGACGACAGAUAACCUUGGUGUUAACCUUGCUAACGCAGCGUUUGGUCGGCUCCGCGUUGCCGGUGUUCGUACUUUCUUUACUUUCAUUUCUUUCUUUUUCACUAUUCUGAACCGGCUAUAAACAACCAGUGUACUUCUUCGCCUUCAGUUGCUUUUAAUUUUAGCAUUCGAAAAGUUUGAUAAAGGCUUGUCUGUUUGCGUGCGAUUUCGUGAUGCUUCAUAAAUGAAGCGGCGAAAUGCUAGGAAACACGCUUACAGAAUGACGCAGCAACACAGAGUCGCACAGUUAACUCGGUUGACAGAACCCUCGUGUGUCUGUGUUUUCUCUUAUGUGUAUUGUGCUUGAUAAGAUAUAAAAUAUGGAUACAUUAGCAAGGUAAGCACGAUAUUGAAUUGAAUUCUGGGCUUUUAUGCGUGCCGAAAUCGACGAUUUGAUUAUGAGGCACGCCGUAGUGGGACCAGGCUCCGGAUUAAUUUUGACCGCCAGGGGAUGUUUAACGUUUCCCCAAUCCACGGGUCAGGGUCGUUUGUUGCAUUGGAUCAGUCAUCGUCGACUGUGAGCAUAUAAACAUGGGCCAGUCGGUGAGCGUCGUCACUGCAACGCUUUCUGAACCGGCACUUUGUCGUCGCGGAUUCUCUUCCGCGCUCGUUUUGACACAUCCCGUGCGGAAGGAACCUAGGACCAAAUCGAUCAGUUUUGCCGUAUUGGCGCGUACCUCCUUUAGCGUGUCGACGAGACGUCUUCAAGUCAAGGACCAACCCAACCAGUAUACCGCCUCCAUGGCACAUUCCGAAAACUCUCUCCGUAAAGGGUUGAUGUUGGCCCGGAGAUUUGUAUCUUAAUUAUGUGCUCGUUCGAUGUACGUCAAUGGUUGUAUGCGUGGCUUUCUCUCUCUCUCUCUCUCUCUUUCUCUACAGAACAGUAUUGUCAACAUUGCUUUGAGAAAUGCUUGAACCGUUGAAAAGUGUCUUUCACUCUUUUGCUGGACAGGAACACAACACUGGGCGAAAAUAAAAUGAAAUCGAGCACUGGCAGGUUGUCAGCUCAACGCCCACGUGCUACGGUUGGCAGCCGCUCAAGCGACAUUUGGCGAUGCAAGAGCUGAUUCGAACUGAUUACCGAGGUAUACGACCCAUGGCCCACGGAAGUGGGCACGUUAUGAGAAUGUGUCACAUCGAAGCGCUCGCGCCGGUAGAUAAAAGGAGCAGAGCAUACACAUCGUAACGACGCUUUGUCACACUUUGCUUUAGGACAAGCUCUGAAAAAAAAAAUGCCACCGCCAGCGUUGCCACUUAGCCAUUCGCCUGCCGAUGACAGGUUUAUCGUUGGUUGUUCAAAAGUUACCGAACCUCUGCGCUAAAGUCGAAGUGUGCCUGGGAAGACCUCGUACAUGUGGGAGUGCAGGCGCGAGGAAAACGUGGAGUCAAGGAGGUUAAGCAUGAACAUGGCCUCCGAGAAUGGCUAUGCGCGGAGGCUGUCCGCGCGUUUUGCAGUCUCGGAGGCCGUGUCAUAACUGUGCGUUUCGGCUACCUUACCCUGCGCUAAAGUGGCAUGGUGCAUGAGAAGACAUCGUAUAUGUGGAAGUACACGCGCGAGAAAGACGUGGAGGCAAGGAGGUUAACCAUGAACGUGGCCUCCGAGAACGGCUACGCGCGGCGACCUUCCGCACUCUUCGCAAUCCCUGAGCUAGGCCAUGUCAAGAAUGUGCGUUUCGGCCGUCUUACUCAGAAGGAAGGUUAAACGAGGCAGAAAGGAAAAAGAAAGCUAAGACUGCCCACCGCGAAGCACAUGUUACCGUUCACGUGAGCUGGUCUCACAAUCCGCCAGUCUUCAAGCAGCUCCGCACAACUGUGCAAAAAGCACGGCGGUGGUCUGGUGUCAUUCUAACAUACUUCUGGGCUAGAUGGUAUGCGUGAAGCUGCUACUGAGUGACUAAAUGCGCAUGGUAAGCGGCAUGCUGGCAUCUGUAAACACUCAGGCUCAAAGUUGUCAAGCCAUUUUAGAAUUUCGCCCUUUACGCUAUGUUCCGGUAAAUUUCAUUUCCGUUUCAUUCUCUCUUUCUUUUUCUCCCGUUCGGUCAGUGUUCCUGUCCAGCAAGCGGCAAUCGAAGCGCGCCCCACUAAAUAUCCCCGUUUCAAGCUCGGGCAAUGUUUCCGUGGAAACUCUCUGCAGCGCUGUUUGUGGCUUGACUACUGAUCGUGCUUGCGCGAGUUCGAGCACUGACUGUGCGCUUUACUCACAAAGGGUCAGAAACACUUCAAAAUAAAUGUUCAGUUAGAUUCGUAUACGAUGUUAUUGUAAUACCAAAUAAGUUAGCCUUACCGUGAUCGAAGACUCUGCCGCCUUUGGUUUUUAUUUUCUUUUUUUUGACAGUUCUUUGCUUGCCACGGCAAGCGCGGAACAAUCCGAAAGAACGAAAGUCGGGCCAUGAAGCCAUCUUCAUGCAUCCCUCACCAACUACCCGUGACGUCAUUGAUUUCGACAGCGCCUUUUCGAGGUCAUAAUUUGCUGCGAAUGAAGCAUGAACGCCUCACAUUCGAAACUACCAAGGACUCAGACUAGGAGCUCCUCGGGACUUUUUUUCUUUUAUGCUGGGCGCAGGCAGCCCAGAAAAAUACGUCAAAACCACCCUCAAGUUUGUAACGCCGCAUUGACGUCUCUCCGAUCGUGAAAUGUCAGAACAAAAGCUCGGCGAUCGAGUUUCUCUGUUAAUAGUCGACCCAUUUCAGCCGAGGAAAUGCAGAUAGAUGUUUGAAAGGAUGCUAACUAAACGGAUUAAGUGCUACUUUUUUUGCGUCCUCUCAGCUCGCAGUUGCGAUUCUGUGCCCGAUUUGCUGGCCACACGCUUCACAUCAUGCUUCCGAAACCAUCUCGUGUCGCGCGGUUCCCUUCUUUACAGAAGUGCUUCUCCUCUAGCGGAGCUGCUAUUCAAGCUUAGAUGAUUUCAAGUCCGGCCAUUUUUAACUCUUAAUCCUUACAGGCUAAUCGUACAAGACAUGCGCUUCCAAGGUGUAGUUUUAUUCAGUCGCGUAUCACGUUGUCCCCAGCUCUCCGCUGACUCGGGCCACGACUCCAGCACUAUAGCUUCCAAGCAUCGUCAUCAUCAUUCUGCACACAUCGGUCGCUUGCAACGUUCACUUACAAGUUCAGGAUCUAGAGCUGUCGUCACGUGAUAAUCUCUAUACAAAGCGAGGGGUUUUGACGCUUUAAGCCUCAGCUAUUUUUUUCUUAAUUUCAUAAAAAUUAAAAAUGAUCACCCUGUAUAAGGCACACAGUAUGCUUCCGUGAGAAGCUCUGCAAGGUCGCUAACGUUCGCGUUCAAAAAAAAAAUCCUGGUAUAUCAUGCUGCUGCAACGGCACGAUUUGCGGUCAGCUAUAUGUCCUUCAUAACCAUAGGCCGUUCUUUUUCUCAGUGCACAAUUUCCACGCAUAUGUCUUACUGCGAGAGUAUUCACCGACGACCGGAAUGAACUGAUACUUGAACCAUAGCCUCCGAGAUCGGGAGGCGCGCUGACAGCGCGGGCCGUUCGAUCUCGGGGGUUAUCGACAGUUAACUCUAACUAUUAACAGGAAAGACGUGCGACCACCGUGUGGUAGCGUUUCCACAACUAAGAAGAACGUGUCCCAGUAGCCGUUUCAGCAUCCAGCUGCGUUUGCUGCAAUCCACACUGCCUCGCGAUAUGUUAAUCACUUUUUUCGUUCUGCCCCUUGAUCUUUACGAGAUAUUUUGGGCUUUCUUCGUCCUGCAGUGGCCAUCGUGUUCCAAUUCACUAUUACAGUGGUCGCAGUGGGGUUUAAGUGGGAUCACGACGACGCCAAUGUCACGCUGGAGCAUUGAGUGACAACAACGGAGGGAACACUUAGAUUGCGCCAAGAGCAACUACACAUCCCACCGUGACGGCUACUUUGGGAAUUUUAAGUUUCGCCGAAGGCUUAGCAAUUUACGUCGUAUCGCCAGCGAUAGACAUUUGCCUAUCAGAAUCUGCUAGGAGUAUCAAAAGAGGUGUGAUUAUUGAUAUGUUAUACACAUGCUGAUGUUUCACUUUCAUAGUGCAGUGAAUGCUUUGGGUGCGUGUACAGUUUGUGUCGUCAGCUUCUUCGCGGGAAAGCUCCAGCUGCGGCGACGUCGACGGUGUCUCGUCUGAGCCAGCCUGUCCAACGUGUGUCUGUGUGCGCCUGUGCCGUUUCGUCGUCGUCCUCGUCUGGAUUCGUCCGUGUCGCGUUUCUCGUCGCGUUUUUUUUUUCUUCUUCCAAAGGCUGUUUCCGGUCGUUCACGUGUAAAUAAAGCGAUCCUCGCUGUUACAUUAAAGCAUGUCAUGAUCACGUC